AUGACUUCCAAAUUUGUUCUCUUGGUUCUUCUUGGUGUUCUUAUUUGCACCACCACCGCGAGAAAGCUAGUUGGCUCAGACGGUUCUUUCGAUGAUGCAAAAUUCAUUUUUGAUCAUUUAGGAGGUGGCGGUGGUGGGGGGGGUGGAGGUGGUGGUGGAGGUGGAGGAAUAGGGGGUGGUUCUGGUUUCGGAGAAGGAUUUGGUGGUGGGUUUGGAGGUGGUGCUCAAGGAGGAGGAGGAGGUUUUGGCGGCGGAGGCGGUGGUGGAGGCGGAUUGGGUGGAGGAUCUGGUAGUGGAUUUGGAUUUGGUGCAGGAUACGGUGGUGGGAUAGCACAAGCAGCCGCGGAAGAAUUCAUGGUGGAUUCUGGAAGUCCCCAAAAAUCCUCUAUCGGAAAGCUUCAUAGCCUCGGCUACGUUGAUGAAGACUUAGAGCCUGUGGAGGAACAGGGGGUGGUUCUGGUUUCGGAGAAGGAUUUGGUGGUGGGUUUGGAGGUGGUGCUCAAGGAGGAGGAGGAGGUUUUGGUGGCGGAGGUGGUGGCGGUGGUUGAGGCGGACUGGGUGGAGGAUCUGGUAGUGGAUUUGGAUUUGGUGCAAGAUACGGUGGUGGGAUAG